AACCUAACAACCUCCCUCUCCUUCUUUCCCACUUAACUAUAACACUGAAACAGACCUCUCAUUCUCUUCAAGAAUGUCACGUGUUUAAAACCCAAACCCUAACAAAACCCUCCUCCCGCCUUCUCUCUCAACACAAAAACGAUGACCCAAAACGACGCGGAUAUGGACGAAACGGAAGAAGAAGAAUCCCCCAAAGAAUCUCAAACUUUACAAACCCUAACAGCUACCCAAUUAUCUAGCUCAGUUUCAAACCUCUCCGCCUCCUCUCGCGCGAUUCCAUCGAACAAAGACUUCCAUUUCUACUACAAUUUCGACGAAUUCAAGAUCCCGAUUCAAGAAAUCGCAGAGAAGUCGCAAUCGCUACUCGAAUCAAUAGGGUCUUCCUCUUCAAAUCAUAUUUUCAAAGACAAGUUACAGUUCCCUACUGAUGUCGACAUCGACGAGGCGUAUGAUUGGCUGGUGAAUGUAAACGACGAGAUCUUUGAGCGUUUCGAUGCUUCAAUUGAUGAAUUUAGGAGAGUCCGAGAGGAAACGGGUCGGGUCGUGGGUGUAGAUAGUGAGGAUGGUUUUCAAUUGGUGCUAGGGAAGAAGAAUAAGAAGUCAAUGAAGAAAACGGUGAGUGAUGACUCAGUGAGUCGUGCUGGUGGUGACUCAGGAGUGAAAGUGGCGGAUAACAAGAAGUGGAUUUUGGGAAAUAAGGCCAAGGUUCCGUUUCAUAUACCGACGAUAAGGAGGCCGCAAGAGGAACAUAAUAUAUUGGUUAAUAAUUCGAAUAGGGCUUUUGAUCAUGUUUGGUUGGAGAGAAGCGAAGAUGGGCUGAGGGUUAUUCAUCCACUGGAAAGGCUAUCUGUUCUUGAUUUCAUGGAUAAAAGUACUGGAGAUGUUGAGCCUGCACCACCUCUUCCAAUAGAGAGUACUUCAUUUAAGCUUGUGGAAGAAGUCAAGGAUUUGAAGGAAUUGGCAGCUAAAUUGCGUGGUGUAAAUGAAUUUGCGGUUGAUUUGGAGCACAAUCAAUAUCGAUCUUUUCAAGGAUUGACAUGCUUAAUGCAAAUUUCUACCAGAACUGAGGAUUUUAUUGUAGAUACUUUAAAACUUCGAAUACAUGUUGGCCCAUAUCUUAGGGAAGUUUUCAAGGAUCCUGCCAAGAGAAAGGUCAUGCAUGGAGCAGAUCGAGAUGUUGUGUGGCUUCAACAGGACUUUGGCAUAUAUAUCUGCAAUCUUUUUGAUACCGGACAGGCCUCAAGAGUGCUGAAGUUGGAAAGAAAUAGUUUGGAGCACCUCUUACAUCACUUUUGUGGGGUUACUGCCAAUAAAGAAUACCAGAAUGCAGAUUGGAGACUACGCCCUCUUCCUGAUGAGAUGAUAAGAUAUGCCAGAGAAGAUACCCACUAUCUGCUGCAUAUAUAUGAUUUGAUGAGAGCUCUGUUACUCUCAAAGCCUAUUGACAAUGAAAAUGCUGAUCCUCCUUUGUUAGAGGUCUACAAACGCAGUUAUGAUGUAUGCAUGCAGCUGUAUGAGAAGGAGCUUUUCACUGAAAACUCGUAUCUCAACAUGUAUGGGUUGCCUAGUGCUGGUUUCAAUGCUCAGCAGCUUGCCAUUGUUGCGGGGCUUUAUGAGUGGAGAGAUGCCAUUGCCCGUGCAGAAGAUGAGAGCACAGGUUAUAUAUUGCCUAACAAAACUCUUCUUGAAAUUGCCAAAGAGAUGCCUGUUACAAUUAGCAAAUUACGUCAACUGCUGAAAUCAAAGCACUCAUAUAUUGAACGGCACCUUAGUUCUGUUGUUAGCAUCAUUAGGCACUCCAUGCAAACCUCUGCUGCAUUUGAAGCUGCUGUUCAACAUUUAAAGGAGAGACACAUGGAAAUACCCUCACAAGAAGAGACAGAAGCUAAUGAUGGAUCUGAAGCGCAAAGCAUUCCUGGUGGCAAUGGAAUGAACAGCGGUGUGGCUGCCUGCCAUGAAACUUCUGCGCAGCUGGAAAAGGGGCUUCUGAAGCAGGGAAGCAGUAUUGUUGAACUUGGCAGAGGUGGACAAGGAAGCUCUGCCAAACAUCAUGGUGCAAAUGGUGAAGUGAAUACUGGAUCCAGUAGUUAUAUUUCAGAUGCAUCUCCAACAGCUAAGGUUGCUGGAGCAACUGUUCAGGUUCUCAAGAAGCCAACUGGUGCUUUUGGAGCACUUCUUGGGGGUGCAGUUGCAAAGAGGAAACUUGAUACUGAUAAAAAGGUCAAGGAAAAGAUCAAGUUAGAAAAGAUAAGAUCCUCAGUAAACCUUCCAUUCCAUUCAUUUAUGGGCAUCAAUGAACCUCCAAAAGUAGUAGUAGAAGAGCCCAUUGGAGUUUCUGAAAUUUCACAUCCUGAAGAAUCUUUGGAUGUCCCAGCUACUGGUUCUAGUUUGCAAGAUAUAAUACUGUUGGACAAUGAUUCAGACAUGGAACAAAACACUCAUAUUGCAGAACCAGAUAGAGACGAUUCCAAAACUACAAAUGCCAAUGGGGAUGACAAAUCUUCAGGAUCUGCUUUGGAAACAGAUGGAGAGGAACCUGUUUCUCUAGCUGAUUUGUCUAUGAGUUUCCAAAAGUGCUUCCCAUCCGGUAAUCAAAAUAAAAAAACUGCAGAAGUUAAGAAAUCUGGAGAACCAAGUGGCGGUUUGAAGCUGAAGCCAUUUGAUUAUACUACUGCACUAAGAUCUGGUGAAGAUCCGGCAGGUAGGUUGAAAGUAGGGAGUGCCAAAAAUCAGAGGGGCGUGCUUGACUCUGUGGGUACGAUAAAAAGUUCACCAGGAGCUAAAAUGCAAAAGGAUGACGAGACAGGAGAAUAUCGCCAAGGCAGAAGACGUCAGGCCUUUCCAGCAACUGGGAAUCGGAGUGCAACCUUCCGAUGAGGGAAUUUUGAGUCUUAGUUGUAAAAAAAGAAAACAACGCUUCAACUCUUGGAAAUCUAAUGCAAUCUCACAAUUUACUAUA